AUGGUCGAUGGUGGUUUCUCAACUCCAACGGUGAUUACAGGUAAGAUGGUUGAUUAUGGUGAUUUUAAUGGUGUUCAAUGUGCGUUUCCCUCGACAGUGGGUGUAGGUUUAAGUAUGGAAUACCAUACAUGUGGAAGAGGUGGUGAUGAUGGUGAACCAUGUACAAUCCAUUCAGCAUGUUUUUCCAUCAAGAAUGGUAGUCGGCAGCAAUGGGGGGAGAUGUCGUCAUCUGGCGGUGAUAGUAGGGGAAAGUGGAGGUUGAAAAGAACCUCUCUUCUUGUUCCUUUCUCGAUCGAAGCCAAUAUCUCUCUUUUUCACUUUAUUAAUCUAGCAAACACAGGUAAGUGGAAGGGGUUAAUGAUUGUGGUUGAUGGUGAUAAACAGGUGGUGUACAGUGGUUCAAGUAGGAUGAAGGAAAGUGGUUGAUAAGGAGGAAUAACACGAUUCGAACUUGCACAUAAGCCAUUUCUUUAGCAAUAUCAAUAAUCAGUGUCUAGAGCUCGAUCAAUAAAGUUGGUCAGGCAAAAGGGGUUUUUUAGGGCCAAGAGUCUUUAGAAGGUUUGUUAAGAGCUUUCCUGAUACCGAUAAGAACCGAGCAGAAUCUAGCAACUGUGAUUGAUUGGAGCUUCUUUCUUGGUAGGGGUGACAAAGGUGGUGGUGAUGCUUUGUGAAGUUGAGG